UCUCCUCCUCAAUUCAAGGUGACAGAUCAUUAGUAUUCCUUCUGUCAGAACUAUUACUGUAAGACCGGCUGUAGGGAGUGCGUACUGUUCUUCUUACUUUAACCGAAGGUCAGAAGAAAGUUUUGAAUAAACAGAGAAGUGGAAGAAGUCAACUGAAGAAACUUACGGUUUUUUCUUACUGAAUACUAGCAAAAUGAAGUUUAUUCUUGUGCUACUGUUCUGCAUUAUUCUGUAUACUGAUACUUUGGCAAAAAAGCAAAAGUUGAGGGACGAGAUUGAAAAGGAGAAUGUAGACGAUGAUAAGAAAGAUGAAUUAGACUUGAUUGCUGAUGACGAAGCUGAAGAAAAAGAACAGAAAAAUGAAGUCAUUGACGAAGAAGAAGAACUAAAGACCCCGAAAGUGGAAAGUGAGAAAAAACAUCCUUGUGCUGGACACUACUGUGGCGCUGGUCGUAUCUGUGCCUUAAAUGACCAAGAUGAGCCUAUAUGUGACUGUGUCCCCCAGUGUCCAGUUGAGACAGAUGAGCGUAGAAAGGUCUGUAGUAACCAUAACGAGACUUGGAGCAGUGAUUGUGAAGUCUAUCGUGUGAGAUGUUUAUGUAACAAAGACCGUGAAGAAUGUCUUAAGAAGAAAUACAACCAUGUCCAUGUUAAUUAUUACGGAAUAUGUAGAGAAAUUCCAGACUGUACGAAAGAGGAGAUGGGAGAUUUCCCCCGAAGAAUGCGUGAGUGGCUGUUUGCUGUGAUGCAGGAGUUAGCUCGACGAAAUGAGCUUGAUAAAUACUACAUGAAACUAGAAGAGGAGGCAGAGCAAGAUCUGUCCCUCAAAUGGGUAAACGCUAUUGUUUGGAAGUUUUGUGACCUGGAUGCUCAUCCGGAAGAUAGAGCUGUUUCUCGUCAUGAGCUAUUCCCAAUUCGAGCACCACUGUUGGCCAUGGAGCAUUGUAUUGCCCCUUUUUUGGACAGUUGUGAUUUGGAUAGCGACCAUAUUAUCACCCUGGUCGAAUGGGGAACUUGUCUUGGUCUGAAAGAAGACGAAAUUGAAGAUAAAUGCAAAUCUGUUCGUAAAAAGCAGGAAGAAAAAGGAAAAUAAAACCAAAAUUAUUGUGUCUGUUAAAAACAAAGACCAGUAAAGUGUGCGUUUGAUCAUAUAGCAAUAACUGUCAGUUUAUUCAACUAGUACAAGGGAUCGCUCGCUUUCAUAUUAACGUAUGAUCAUCAUUAAUUAAAUGCAUGCAUUGGCUAUUUUUCAGUGAUAUGAUUUUUGGGAUGUUACAUAAAUGAAGCAUGUAAUUUUAUAAUUUUUAAAUGUGGUAACAUAUGGAAGCAGCUUUUAUCAUAGCAGCUUGACAGAUCGAUUUUGUGGGUAAUAAUUAAUUACGUUAAAGCUUUUUACCGUUUGGGUUUUAGGCUUGGCAUUUACAAAGUUUUUUUCAUUUUAUUCUUGACAAUCAUUUUGCCCGAUAGAUACUAUAACCUUGUUUAUUGUUUAUUUAUAGGCUGCUUUUAAUAUCACAAUCUGCCAAAUAAUUGUGUUUACAAUGUGUUUUUACGAUGAUUGUUUUAUUAUCAUUAUUAAAAUUUUAUUAGUUUUUCUUGUGACUAUAAAUAAAAACCAAAUGUGUUUUAAGCUUAGCUUUUAUCCUCUAACUUAGCACUUUUUUUACAUUUUAAAAGAUGAUAUUUUUAUUGCUUUGUGACGAUUACAUGCUUUUGUAAUACAACCAAUAUGAUUCAGUGACAGCGACAUUGUCUGCAGACUUACAACGUUAGAAACCCGUAGUGGGCAGAGCACAGAUGACCCAUUAAUUUCAAAACAAACAAACGAAUCAGCGAAUGUAAUAAUUUUAUUGUUUUUUCGCUUUACAUUGAAUCAUUUUUAAAACGUUUCACACAGCAGGGCAGACAAGUUCAUUUGGCUUCGCUAAUUUUUUAUAAUAACAUUCAAUAAAAUAUUUUCCAACAACGUA